CGCCAAAUUCCUCAACACCUUCUUCGACCGCCUUUUCGAGCGAUUUGACGUCCCUCACAUCUGCCGAGACACCGAUACACUUUCGCUUCGUCUGUCUAGACAGCUCUGCCGCUGCAGAGGUGAUCUUCUCCUUGUUGCGGCCGACAAUGAUGGCAUUGCAGCCGUGCCUCAUCAUGGCCAAUGUCAUGCCCUUGCAGAUGCCUGAUCCGCCGCCUGUCGUGAGCACAGUCUUGCGAUAGAAGACAUCCUCUCGGAAGACUGCAUCUGAUCUGACUGACAUGGCUCGCAGCUGCUCAGCUUGGUUUGCCCGGCCCGGUAAAGCUAAAAGUCUCUCUGCCGACGCGACUCGUCGAGAUUUCGAUAGUCGGCGGGCGAUUGCAAGGUGGGAGCAGACAUGGGGCUGGAGGAUAGGCUGGAGACAGCACUGCGCUCGAGGCAUGUGCGGGGCAAUCUACGCAGCAUAGACGGCAACAUGCCAGCGAAACACGAGGUCGUCGACUUUUCCUCGAAUGACUAUCUCUCUCUGGGAUCAUCCCAACGGCUCCAAGAGACACUCAUCAGCUCGCUCAGAUCAGCAUCUUGCUACGGACCGGCAUCAUCCAGACUCCUUGACGGCAACACGAGUGCACACAGACAGCUCGAGCAGAGGCUCUGUGACACAUUCAACGGCAAGAGUGCGCUGCUCUUCAAUUCUGGCUACGAUGCAAACGCAUCCCUCUGGUCGGUCCUCCCCUGCGCCGAUGACUACGUCUUGUACGACGAGUAUGUCCACGCCUCCACACAUGAUGGCUUGCGGCUAUCGCGAUGCCCAAAGAGCCAACGACAGCCCUUCCAGCACAACAGCGUCUUGCACCUACGGCAAAGCUUGCAAUCGAUUCUUGCGACUUCUGACAAGGUCAGGACGGGACAAGCAGAUGUCUUUGUGGCAGUAGAAUCACUCUACAGCAUGGACGGCGAUCUGGCUCCUUUGCCAGAUCUGCUAGCGGCUAUCGAGCAAGAGCUGCCGCUGCGUAAUGCCCACCUGAUGGUCGACGAGGCUCAUACGACCGGCCUGUAUGGUCCGGGCGGACGGGGCCUGGUCUGUCAUUACGGCCUUGCUGCUCGCGUGCCUUUGCGGCUACACACCUUUGGCAAAUCACUCGCGAGCAACGGCGCGGUCCUGCUGUGCUCGCCCACGCUCAGGCGCUACCUCGUCAAUUACGCUCGUCCGCUCAUCUACAGCUCCACCCUGUCGCACUUCGCCAUCAAAGCCAUCGAUGCAGCGCUCACGGAGAUGCUGGCAGCCAGUGCUGCAAGGCAACACGUACUCGAGCUGUCUGCUCGAGCGCGAAGACAGUUGACGCGACUACUCGAGCAGCCUGCUCAUGCUGAGCGUCGUCUGCACCUCAUGCCGCUCUGUUCCGCUGAUCACCUCCAGUGCUCGCCCAUCAUACCCAUUCUCAGCUCUCAACCUCGCAUGCUUGCCGUCUUCUUGCAAGCGAAAGGCCUCUUGCUGCGACCGAUAGCCUAUCCCACUGUCCCCAUCGGAACAGAGCGAGUCCGGCUUUGCAUACACGCCCGCAAUACGCAAGCUCAGGUCGAUCUGCUACUUUCAGCACUACAGGAAUGGCUCGAAAUGAGUCCGUCGUCCACUCCCCAGCUGCUCAGUCCGCAGAAUAGCACAAUGAGGGAAGCGCAUCUGUAAUGUGUGAGUUGCAAAUUGCAUAUGUUGACAACAAGCAAAGUCU